UUAACACCCUUCUCAUGGACUGUGCAUGUACCGAUGAAUGAACCGAACGAUCGAUCCUCAUCUGUCCUAGACUAUAAAUAUAUCCUUUUUUUAAAAUACUGGGCUCGUCAUCCGCUGACGUGGCGUCCACGUGGCAGGUCCUCCCCGCCCCCUAAAACUUAAGAGAAACCGGCCAGGGGAAUUCCAAUUCGGUGCAAUGCCCACCUUGCUUUCAACCAAAGCAUUCUGAAAUUCUUUGCCAAUCCCUUGUUCUUACCACCAUAAGCUAUUUUAAUCCCGUUCCCAACCCAAAGCUGAAUUCUUCAAGAUCACCUGUCCCAGAAGCAACCCAUAUAUUCAAUCAACCACUCAAAAACACUACUUCAAUUCCCUCCAUUUUUUUUAUGAUCUAGAGCCAAUAAUCAUUCAUCAAUGAAGGUUGGUGAUUGAUUGAAGUGAUCGGAAAUACAGGAAUCUUAAGGUCUUGGGCAAGCAUGGAGCAUGGAACCACCCAGAAAGAAGAAGAGAACCCUGAUCCGCAGAUUCAUGAGAUCAGUGCCGAUGAUCAAGAUGGAGACUCAAUAACCCCAAGAACUGGCAUUAAUCCAGGGCCUGAUCGAGAUUCUUCAGGAGAAGUGGAAGAGGAGGACUAUGUCAUCGACGUGAAACCCCGGCGGCCCGGCGGCGAGAGCUCCAGUGAAGAGAAGAUUUGCAGGAUCUGCCAUAUGGGUCCGGAGGGUUCAUCUUCAUCACCAUCAUCGUCGUCGUCGUCGGAGCUCAUGGAGCUUGGCUGCGGCUGCAAAGAUGAACUGGGUACCUGCCACAGGCACUGUGCUGAGAAAUGGUUUAGGCACAGAGGAAACAGGGAAUGCGAGAUUUGUGGAAAGACAGCAAAUAACAUAGCCGAUUUGACUCAAGAAAAGGGAAUAUUUGCAAUGGAGUGGCAUGAGAUGAGGCUGUUGAUGGCUGCUUCUAGAAACUCCGAGAACAGACAACACUCUUCAUCGUGUCAUUGCACUCAAUAUUGCUGCAAGUUCCUCUUAGCUUGCUUUCUUCUCGCUCUCGUACUUCCUUGGUUUUUUCGAGUCGAUAUGAUAUGACACUGGUAGUAUAUGUAGGCCGAGCUUGGUGUCUUUCCACUUAUUAAAAUUUGCAAAAUGUGAUUCUCAAAAAUGUCAUUUAUGAGAGUCACAUGAAAAUUUAUCGUUGACGUAUUUGGUAUAUACGGAAUUGAUAUAUGUUGCUCAACACGGGUCCCACACUCCUACAUUCCACCCCCUUACUACUAGCAUCACCCCACCUCGUGUAACCCUCCAAGGCCCACAUCGGACAACAUAAUGUUGCCUGACGCGGGCAAUAUAACAACCCCCUUGUUAUAUAUGGUAA